UCAGUAUGAAACUCUUAAUAAUCGCAGUGGCUUUUGCUAUCCCGUGUGUGUUGGCCCAAACAAAGUCAUACACAAAUAAAUAUGACACAGUCAACUUAGAUCAAGUGCUGUCUAAUAGGAGGCUACUUCAUGCAUACAUCAAAUGCACUCUAGACAAAGGGAAAUGCACUAGUGAGGGAAGGGAAUUGAAAUCUCACAUCGCCGAGGCUCUGCAAAAUGGCUGCGAGAAAUGCACAAACGCACAAAGGGCAGGGAUGAAGAGGGUUAUUAAACACCUGAUGACGUAUGAGAAAGCUUAUUGGACCCAACUGGUGGAAAAAUUCGACCCGGCACGGGAGUACUCACAGAAAUACGAGAAGGAAUUGAGCACUUUAUAG